UUAAUGCUUAGCAAUAACCUCCUCCCCUAGCCUUUUCGUCACCCCCAACAUCAGCUCAUCCACAUAUCUUUCACCUCCUACCUUAUUAAUAGGUCCCGCCAGAGGAAGUUUUUUAUCAGCUCCAACAGUGUAAGGGUGUGUGAUUAGAGAAACCAUGUCUACUGUGGAUGCCAAGCAUCAAGCCUCUCCACUCACUUCUUCAUGGUCGUCUUCACCCCCUCCCAAGUCCAAACCACUGGACAACGAACCCGAAAAGAGCAAACAUGACGCCGUUUCAUCGGACGUCUCAGACGAAGGCCCCAGAAAGCCCAGUGGAUGGAACUCCAUGGUUUAUAUCUUAGGGAACGAGACAUUUGAGAGGUUAGCCACGUUUGGAUUGCUCGCCAACUUCAUGGUAUACUUGCUCAAUGAGUUUCACUUGGACCAGGUGUCCGCCACCAACGUCCUUAACAUCUGGUCCGGAACAGCCAACUUUGCACCCUUGGUUGGAGCCUUCAUCUCCGAUGCUUGUGUGGGCAGGUUUCGGACUAUUGCUUUUGCCUCGUUUGCUUCUUUGCUGGGCAUGGUGACUUUGACUCUGACGUCAUGGAUUCCUCAGUUGCAUCCUCCAUCAUGCACAGAGGACCAGCAACAAAAUGAUCAAUGCACUGGGCCCACAUCAGCUCAAAUGGGGAUUUUGUUCCUGGGCCUAGGAUUUCUAACCAUAGGCACAGGUGGAAUCAGGCCAUGCAGCAUACCAUUUGGGGUGGACCAGUUUGAUCCCACCACUGAACAAGGAAGAAGAGGGAUUAACAGCUUCUAUAAUUGGUACUACACCUCAUUUACAUUGGUGCUGAUGAUAGCUCUCACUUUGGUUGUCUACAUCCAAGACUCUGUCAGCUGGGUCUUAGGCUUUGGGAUUCCUACAUUGCUCAUGGUGGGUUCCAUCAUCCUGUUCUUCCUCGGAACAAGGGUUUACGUGUACGUGAAGCCGGAGGGCAGUAUAUUUUCCGGCAUUGCACAAGUUUUUGUUGCGGCUUACAAGAAGCGCCGGGUGAAGAUUCCGGUGGAAGGAGAGAAGGAGGGUGCAUACUAUGAUCCACCAUUGACGAAGGGGAGUGUAAUGGCCAAGCUCCCCUUCACCAAACAGUUCAGGUGGCUAAACAAAGCUGCUGUGAUACUGGAGGGCGAGAAGGAUGCCAAUGGUUGCCCUUCAAAUCAAUGGAGGCUUUGCAGCAUCCAGCAGGUUGAAGAAGUGAAAUGCCUGGUAAAAAUAAUCCCAGUUUGGGCAUCUGGUAUCAUUUGCUUCACUGCCAUAUCACAACAAGGAACAUUCACUGUAUCACAAGCCCUGAAAAUGGAUAGACACCUCGGACCCAAAUUUCAAAUUCCUGCAGGCUCACUCAUAGUAAUAUCCAUGCUUACAGUAGGGAUAUGGGUUCCGAUCUAUGAUCGUAUCCUUGUACCCGCCCUCCAAAAAAUCACUAAACAUGAAGGAGGAAUUACACUUCUCCAAAGAAUGGGAAUUGGCAUUGUUUUCUCCAUUCUGUCCAUGGUGGUUUCAGGAUUGGUCGAACGAGAGAGAAGGGCUUCUGCUAUUCUGCAAGCCGGGCCUCAUGGGAUUGCACCUAUGUCAGUCAUGUGGCUAGCUCCUCAGCUCAUCCUAAUGGGCUUUGCUGAAGCAUUCAAUAUAAUCGGACAGAUCGAAUUCUAUAACAAAGAAUUUCCGGAAAACAUGAGAAGUAUUGCUAAUUCUUUGUUCUUUUGCACUAUAGCAGGGGCUAGCUACUUAAGCAGCUUAGUGGUGGUCAUCGUUCAUGAUGUUACCGGAAAAGCUGGCCGAUCGGCCUGGUUGACAAAGAAUAUUAACCAGGGAAAGGUUGAUUAUUACUAUUACCUUCUAGCAGGAAUGGGGGUUCUGAAUUUGAUAUAUUUUCUGUUUUGUGCUCGUCGAUACCGUUACAAGAGUGGUCACGGUGUUACCGAAGAAGAACCCCAUUUGGACCUUGAGCUUAAUCAACUCAAGCACUAGCUAGGUUUGAUGGGAUUUAUCUAUAUAGAUUUACUGCUUAAAAAUAUAAACCAUAAAGAAAAUAGUUUUACUUUUGCUAUGAAUUAAAAAAAGGAAUGUAAGAGGGCAUGCUCUUAUCUCUUUGUCAUCGACUCAUUAUUGUAACAAAGAGCAAGAUGGUUUCCCUUGUGGACUUAAUGAUAUGUGUACCUUCCAUUUACAUUAAUGAAUACAUAUGGUGCACAUGGCACAGUGCUCUUCACUA